AUGACAGGGCAUAGACCUUGCUUGGAUCCCCGACUCAUUAAUGAGCACCUAACUGAUGAUAAGCAUCGCAUUCCCUUAAUUACGGAAAUCUUUGACCAACUUGCUGGUUCUAAAGUGUAUACUACACUUGACUUAGCCAGUGCGUUUCAUCGCUUUCCCAGCAAGCCGCAAGAUCGUCAUAAGACUGCAUUCACUGCACCAGACGGGUUGCGUUACAUGUUUAAAGGUUGCCCUUUUGGAUUGAAACCUAUUUCAUCCAAAUUUCAACGAGUCAUGGAUAAGCUUUUCAGAGAUCUACCCUAUGUCACCACCUUCGUCGAUGACAUUAUUAUCUUUUCCAAGUCUAAGCGAGAACAUGUACAACAUGUUACCAUCGUCAUUGAUCGACUCACGGAGGCCAAUCUUAUCCUACAACUAAAAAGUGUUUCUUUAUGCAACGAUGUGUGUACUUGCUUGGUUUUUGCAUCGAUCAACACGGCCAUAAGCCCGAUCGGCGUAAAGUCGUCAAUGCACAAUCACGGCCUGUGCCGCGUACCGCUAGAGACAUCCAAGCUUACAUUGGAUUCAUGA